CUCUCUCUUUCUUUAUCCUUCAGUUACGUAUAUUUUCAUUUUUCUUCGUCAAAUUUCACUUUUUUGAGUUUCCCCAAUCUCUCUUUCCAUUUUAGUUUCUGGGUUUUUUCUCUGGUCCGAUCAGGAACUCAAGCGUCAACCCGUGAAAUUCACUGGCAAUUAUAUGCAACUUCCUUUUUCCUCGUUUUGGUUGUUAAGUAAAAUUUGAGGUUUCUGAUACUUUGGUAUUCUGCUUUUCUAUCUCAUAGUACAUCUUGUGAGUUUCUGCAAAGACGGUUGUGGAAUUUUAGUUUAUAAAAAUUAAAAUGUCUUCUCCAAGCAAGAGGAGAGAGAUGGAUGUCAUGAAGUUGAUGAUGAGUGAUUACAUUGUGGAGACAAUAAAUGAUGGACUCAAUGAAUUCAAUGUGGAAUUCCAUGGUCCAAAAGAAAGCCUUUAUGAAGGCGGGGUUUGGAAAAUCCGAGUCGAACUUCCUGAUGCUUAUCCAUACAAGUCUCCUUCUAUUGGUUUUGUGAACAAGAUAUACCACCCAAAUGUUGAUGAGCUAUCUGGUUCUGUGUGCUUGGAUGUUAUUAAUCAAUCUUGGAGUCCAAUGUUUGAUCUGUUAAACGUGUUUGAAGUUUUCCUUCCACAGCUGUUGCUUUAUCCAAAUCCUUCUGACCCACUCAAUGGUGAUGCUGCAUCAUUGAUGAUGAAGGAUCGAAAGCAGUAUGAUCAGAAAGUAAAAGAAUACUGUGAUCGAUACGCAAAGAAGGAGCAUCUCACCAAUUCCACAGCCGAAGUGGAUAGUGAUGAGGACAUCAGUGAUGAGGAAAGUGGUUCUAGUGAUGAUGAAAUUGCUGGACAUGCUGACCCAUAAUGAACCACAAUGGCUUCAUUCUCUGAUUUUAAAAGGCCCUUAUAGCAGUAGCAGUUGGACCUUAUAAUAUGUUUACCUGUUCAAUUGUUACUAGUUGUAUGACUAUAUUGUAUUUGCUUGUAGAAUCAUGACAACUAUUGUAACGCCCGUACUGAUAUUUAAAGGUACAAGGGAUCAAUUAGAAACAAAGAAACAGGACUUGACAAGUUAAUCAAUUCUUUUUACUACA